CUAUUCAAAAACAAAAAAAGUGAAAAACAUUUUCAUACAAGAAAAGUUAUUACUUCAGGGUUAACUAUUUAUCCCAGGUUAGUGUUAACCGGCCGGCCCUGUUGAAUUGCUGGUGUUUGGAAUUUGUUAACUCAGACACAUCGACUUAAUAAUACUAAGUCUUUAUAAAUCCCUCCAAACGUCAUACGCCGGUAUACCAUAAAGAAAUAACCUUUUCAUCGGCCGGGGGCUGAUGAAGCUUGGUGGAGGCGAACGAAAUAUUUCACUGAUAACCCUUUUUUGCCCUCGAUCUGAUUCAUACUAUAGUUAUGUAACACGACUUUUCAGGCGAGUGUGUAUACCAAGAAAAUACAAGUGACAAGUGGGAUAUUCCACGAUAUACUACGAGAGAGCAUUGCCUAACUAAUUUAUACCAUGCCACAGAAAAAAUACAGUGGCCAGCCUGCAGUCAAUGCGACAUACGCGCGGUGCAUGAUGGAAGCGGGGGUAUAACACCAUCGAAUACACAACGGCUUUCCUGUUUUGAGAUUGGCUGUACAUUCUAUGGUAUGACGUAAAGAAAAUUAUUUUAUAUUUUAAGUAGUUUUUAGGUAAAAAGCUGUUAAAACUAUGUAAAUUGUACGUUUUCGAUCGUUGAGAUCGUCUCUGAUCAGAGUGCCAAUUCUGCAAAAAACUGGGUGUUGUUUGAAAGCAGAUUAUACCACCACAUCUGCUUAACCAACAAUUUCUUUUGACGUUAUAGCUGACAACUCGGCCAAUGUGUAUAAGUUAGAUAAUUCUUCUCUCGCUAUCGAUCUAUUUGUACGGUGACUUUCAUUACGUAACCUUUACAGUACUUCUGACAGAGUGCUCCGCCAGUAUUGAAAAUCUUUCCACAAUACCGAUACUGGUAUAUCAAACUUGCAGGUGACAAGAAUUAACAAAACCACACAUCUCCUAAAGGGUAUUUUUCCUUGGUGCAUGACGCAGCGAAUUCUCAGAACAACAGUAAAAGAAAUGUGCGGUAAUUAUUAUGGAGAAGUAAUAUUUUGAGCCUCCAGGUUUCCAUGGUCACUGAUAAACUAAUUCAGAUAAACAAAGAGCCUUACUUUUUUUCAGAAGCAAUGCUUUGAAAAGGCUAAAUGAAAGGACUAAGAGCAUCUAUGGGAAUUGGAGGCCAAAUGGAGCAUAAAGCUUUCUAUUAUUUAAAAUUGUUAAGUGGAAACUCACAAGACUAGUAAGUCACUUCAAAGAAGUUUUCGUUGUCAGUGUUGCACGUAAGCGUUUCUUGACUUCAAGUCAGUGCAGUUUUUGGUCCGUCUUCUACCACCCCGGAAUUACGCAUCAUUAAUUUACUGAGAUAUAAAUUUUACUAAGCUUAGAAGAAGAUUACGAGAGCUUAUAAAUCUUAAGAAGGUAACUAAGGUUUUGAGGCCAUAAAGCUAAAAGGCGCAUAUUUGCUCCCCAAACCAUCUUUCAGUAUUCUAGAUUAAAAUUGUUAAACACUCUGUCCCGUUAUAUCUUUUCAGCAAAACAAGUUGAGUUCUCCGAGAGAUUUGGUUUGAGUGAAACAAGGUUACAGUGCAAAGGCUCACAGAAACAACAGCGGAGAGGAACCUGUUUCAACUUCUUGUACGCACAUGGAGCAGCCUCACUUAAACCCGGCAACGUUGACGCCAUUGCCCACUGCGUUAAAUGAAGAGGCUCGUAUAUCCAUCAAAGGUAUCCCCAGCGCAAAACUCUGGGCGCGUAGACGCCGAAGAUCCCUAUUUGUUCCUCAGCGCUGUCAAGAAGAUUUCGGUAGCGCCUUUUUGUCACAUGCAGACUUUCCCAAAGCUAGGGCGAAGUCGUUGCUGUCGUUAAAUCGCGAGAGAAAGGAAGAAUUUAGUGGGCAAGCCGCGCAUAAAAUGAUGGAGCAAGUUUUAAACAUGGAGUUAUCGUUCAAGUCGUACGAUGCGAAGGAAUGCGCUAACGCAUCGAGCAACAUUACCAAGAAACUGAAAGAGAAGCUUUUCAACACUUUUGAUUUGUCGGGCUGUAAAGUCAUUUGCUUGUGUUAUAUCACAAAGCGGGCGAAACCUUCAUUGGCGAUCGACAGUGGCUCUGCCUGGGAUGAAAAGAAAAGCACCGUAGAUAAAGACGCAUUUGUAGAUUACGUCUACAAAAAUCAUGACAUUGUCGCCGUCGCAUCUGUGUUUGUGGUCUGCUGCAAAAAGCUUGGCUACCCGAAAAGUGCCGCAUUACCGGAUUCGUUACCAGCUCCAAGUGUCCCGUUGCAGAAAGCUAGAAGCGCUACUUUCUCUGAACCAGCUCGCAGAGGGCAAGAAGUUUAUGGAGACGUUUUCAUAUCGAACCUUUCACCACGGAAGAAAAAUGAAUGGAUGAGCUAAAGGAAUUGAACCGACUCAAUUUUCUUCGCCCUCAAAUAAUAACCAUCAAUUCAUCCUAUUGAUAUAAUGAAAUGCGAGGUAUGUAUGAUGUACAACUAAUGUCAAAGUUAAUGAGACAUUCAGUAUUUGUUAAAAAUAGAAAUGUACUGAAAUGUACGAAGUAAAUUGAACUGAAAUAGGACAACUCUUUCGUAAUACAUCAGGCCAUGUAUAUGCAAAAGAAUUUGCUCAAAUAUGAGUCAAAUCAAGAAUUAAGAACACCUGUACUUCUUGAAGUAAAUAUUUGCUUUAUAAAAUAGAUUGAAAUCGUAAAAAUAGGUGUGUUUUCAGCCCCAAGAAAGCAAAUCGCACACAACUUGACUGAAACUAACAUUGUUUACCUCGCGUAAAAGCCGCGUACGUGCUUUGCUUAUCAUUAAAGGUGUUUUAUUCUCUGGACAAUAAAAAGAGGUUUUGUUUUCGAGUGCCACUUGAGACGCAAUUAACUACCCCAAUGGGACAAAGUCAAACAAUUUCUUUCAAAGGUGCUCCCAUCGAAUAAUUUAAUCUAUUUAAAGUUACAAGCAGCAUUAAUUUUUAUUCACCUAAAGUGAGUUCUUAAAAAGUUCUUCGUUGGCCUCAGUUUGGCACUUAACCGUUGUUAUUUUUGACUGUCAAUGAUUGCUGCUUUUUUUCCCUACAAAAACAAAUACAUUAGUUGUAUCAUGGAUAACUUUUUCGUCUUUUUUGUGUCUGCCUUAAGCAAGCAGAGAAUUCUGUAAAUAUGGUUUAGAAUCCGUCAUGUAUAUAAGCUGUUGCAAAAUAUCACUUUUAUAUCAUACCAUAGAAAAUACAGCCAAUCAGAAUACAGGAAAACCGUUGGUAUAUUUGGCGGCAUUACAUCCCACCUUCCCAUCAUGCGCCGCGCGUGUGUCGCAUUUAUUGUGUUGACCAUUGUAUUUUCUGUAACAUGGUACAAAAUAGUUAUGCAAUGCUCUCUCGUGGCAUACCGUGGAAAUAUCCAACUUGUCAAAUGUAUUUUCUCGGUACUUACACACUCGCCUUAAAGCUUGUCAGUGUACAUCGAGAAAAUGCAGACUCGCUGGAUAUCCCACGGUAUACCACUCUAAAGCGUUGGACGGCUAAUAUGAAGAGAAUAACUAUAACCAUUAUCUUGGUUCUUUAUUACAGUUGAUAUUUCUGCUUUCAGUUGUAUUGUCAUCUCAAAAUUCCAUACAAUGUAAGCGUGCGCGCAAGUAAUUGAAAACUUUGCUAAGUUACCAAAUUACUGUAUUUCUAAUUUGGAUAGUACUUAUAAAAUGACCAGUAAUUUGUUGGAAUUUGGUUAUAAUUCAAUUCGUAGAAAUUCCUCUGGACUCAGCCUCAGGUUUCGCAGUCCUCAGGAUUUUUUUCAUCCAGUUAUUUCUAAACUUGACAGCAUGCUGUCCAAUUACAUCACAUACUAUAGUUUAGCACUUUUGUCUCAGUUUUAAACAUAAAGUGUUUCAUUAGAUAAGUGUUUUGGCCUGUGCUAUUUUAACUGUAAAUUCUACGCCUGUAUAUAAGCUCAAAGCAAGUGUCUAAGUUUUGUGUAUCACGGCAAUUUGUAGACAUCAGCGCCCAAUUCAAAGACUGAUUCAUUUUAGGCAUGUAUAUAAGCUUAAAAGGUUUGUGCAUCAAGCGAAUUUGCAGACAUCAGCACGCGAUACAAAGAUUGCAUUGUAAACGGGAGUAAAGUAGAGAUUCACACUUUUUGUGAAAACGUUUGUUAAACUCAAGGGUUAAAACAAACUUAUACAGAUAGAUUGUAAACCUCUGAGCUUAACUGUCGAGGAAAAUAGUAACUACAUUAGAGUAAAAUAUAAGUUACUGUCACUGGUUAAUUGUAAUAAUAUUUUAAUGACAAUAGAUUAUAAUAUUUUAAGUUAUCACACCCGAAUUUUAAAAGCUUACACGUCUAAAUUAACAAAAUGUUUUGAUUUGCUAACUGACGGAUAUUAACUCGGAUGUGAAAGUUGUAUAAGAUCCCUUUGUACUUAUAGCGAGAUUGUAAAUCUGGAUAAAAGCAUUAAUAAAUGUUCUUACAAGUCGAAAACGAAGUGUUAUAUUUUAUCGCGAUCAGCGGAUGCUUUUCUUCAGAGGUUUUCAGUUGCUUUUAUGCAAAGAAAACUUAUUGUCCAGUCCUAAAUGGGAAUCAAACGUAACCCAAAAUUUAGGAUCUUUGACGAAAGCUGAGCAGCACUGCACUGUAUUUGUUCAUAUCGAUAGUAUUGUUUUACGGCUUUCCAGCUUCCAAUAAGAUCAUUUAUAUCACGCCAUAGAAAAUACAGACAGUCAGAAUACAGAAAAAACAUUAUAUACUCGAAGGCCUUCAAAUCGUGCGCUGCGAACUAUUUCCCGCCGAAUUUAGAAAGUCUUUCAAGUAUUGUGUUAGUCAUGGCAAAACCGAAUUUUCCUUUCGG